CCCACAGAGGUUCAAACAAAUUACAACCAUGUACAAAUUCGUAGCCAUCUUCGCUCUUGCCAUUGCCUGCGCCUCUGCUGCAGCUGACCCAAAGCCAGGCAUACUAGCCGCUGCACCCCUAGCGGUUGCCCCCGGUGUCGCGCCAGCCGUCGUAACCGCUACCAGCUCGCAAUCCUUCAUUCGUAACGCAGUAGCCGCUCCCCUCGUAGCUGCUCCUGGCUUAGCCGCCCCUUACUUAGCUUCACCCUAUGUAGCAUCGCCCUACUUGGCUUCACCUUAUCUGGCUUCCCCAUACGCCUCCCCAAUCGUCGCCCUUUAAAUGUAUUUGUACGAUUUCAAUGAAAUGUUCGUAAAUAAAUAAUAAAACUAUAAACUGAAUAUAUUA